UCAGCUGUGUCCAAUCACAGCUGAUCACAUGUAAACACAGAAAUGCCGGGCACUGAUGAUCAGUGUGCCCUGAUGAUCAGUGUAGCCCCAGCAGUGCCACCUGUCAAAGCCCAUCAGUGCCAGCUGUCAGUGCCGAUCAGUGCCAAGUGCCAGUGCAUAUCAGUGCCACAUCAAUGCCGCAUACCAGUGCACAUCAAUGCCACAUAUCAGUGCCCAUCUGAGCUGCCUUUCAGUGUCAUCAUCAGUGCCAGUCAGUGCCACCUAUCAAUGCCAAUCAGUGCCACCUAUCAUUGCUGCCAAUCAGUGCCACAUAUCAGUGCCAGUCAGUGCCGCCUAUCAAUGCCAGUCAGUGCCGCCUAUCAGUGUGCAUCAGUUCCACCUAUC